UCCUCGUCGUUGCCGCUCCAUCGCUGUUCGCUGUUCGCUGUUCGCUCUUCAUAUCUCUGUACAUCUCUGUACAUCGCCUACUCGAAAUAUGUUGGGGCUUAGGGCACUAAUACGUUAUGCCGCAGUGGCCAUGGUAAUGGACUUGGCCAUGGCCACUGACGAUGAUGAACCCAGGAUGUCUAUCAUGCCCAUCAAAGUCACAAAGACAUCGCAAGUGGCCCCUUCGCCCAUUUUUGUCACUCUUGGGCCAAUAUCGUCCACGACAGCAACAACAACCAGAAGGCCCUUACUCUCAGGAUGGAAUUCUACAAUCACCACGGCCAUCACACCCUCGGGUAUCAAGCCAUCCGGCAUGUCAUCUGCUGGGGUGGAUGCCGACGACUUUUCUUGGGAAUUCCCUGCGACCACAGAUCGUGUCGUGUGCCCACCAUCUCCAGUUUACACCAUUACUGCGACAUCUACGUACAAUGUCCAAGUUCCGGUGGUGCCGUGGAUCUAUCAACAGGAAGAUGGAACCAAUGUGACCAGUUUCAACACAGAAGCGCCCGCCACAACGCCCUCCGCCGUGGUAGUAUGCGAUGACGAUACCCCAUGUACGACUCCGGAGAGGCAAUUCUGGUGCUUGGCCGCCACUCCCAUCUUGAGGCCCAUUUCAGCUCUGUACCUGGUCAGCUCUGUGUGGACAGAACCCGCGAGAUUCGUCCCCACGGCAAGCAUGGGAGGUGCUCAAUUACCAGGUGUGACAGCUGCCCCCGGGAACUUAGGACGCCCCGUCCCAGAACCUCAGCGACCUCCCCCAGCGACCUUUGCCCCGCAAACCACCGCACCCCCUGCGUCACCGCCAGCUCAAGUCACAAAUCCCUCGGUGGGAGCUCCCCAAUCUCCUCCACAGGUCAUUAGCGACAGUCCUAUCGGUCCUAUUUCCGCGAACCCCUCAGGACCGGGUGUUAUUCUGCCCAUCCAAGCCGGUGCUCCCCAAGCCGGCUCUCCCCAAGCUGGUUCCCCUCAAGCGGGUUCUCCUCAAGCGGGUUUUCCCCAAGCAGGCGCUUCUCCAGUCAUCCUCCGUCCAGGAGCAGCAACUACCAUCAACAACAUUCCCAUCUCCCUCGACGCCCAGGGCAAAAACCUCCAAAUAGGCACCCAAACCUUUGCCGCGCCUCAAGCUGCCAACAACGCUCCCAACCCAACAGCCGGCCCCGUUGUCCCUAUAGCAGUCCUCCCCUCCAACGCCGGAGUCCUCCUUUCAAACGGCAAAACUUUGGCCCCGGGAUCUUCCACCGUCCUCGCAGAUGGAAGCACUAUAUCACUUCCCGCCCAGGGCUCCCCACAAGCUACCGCAGGCGUCAUCAUCACAUCCCCACCCAACAACAACAAAAACAUCAACCCCAACUCAAACGACCCCGAAAUCCAAGUCCAAGCACAACAGGAGCAAGGCCAGCAACAGACCCGCACAAUCCCCCUCUCCGCCCUCCCAACAAGCUCCCCAAUCACCCUCCCCAACGGCAUCACCCUCCUCCCAGGCAUCCCCACCACCAUCGCCGGCGUACCCGUCUCCCUCAGCCCCGAUGGCUCCGCCGUCGUAGUCGCAGGAUCCACGAUCCCCUUGUCUUCUUUCGCGUCCGCGACAGCCGCUGCUGGUGCUGCUGCCACUGCUUCCGCAUCGCCAAACGGCAUCGCAGGAUCCGCCAACGAUAUCCUGGGCAGUGCAGUUCUAAGCGGGAUCAGCAGCGUUGCAGCGACCGCUUCUACUGCGCGGGUCAGCGCGACUGCGGUCUCUGCGCAGCAGCAGGAGCAAGAUGUCGAAACGACGACGGCGACGGCGGCGCAAAGCGAUUAUUCCAUGCAGUUUAGGUCUAAGACUAAGACUGCUGGGGUUCCUGAGGCGUCGGGUGCGGGGAAUGCGGAUGGGCAGGACGGACAGGACGGGAAUACUUCUGGCGCUGCGUCUGCGUCGAGAUGGAGUAGCGGCGCUUUUAGGGUCGGGGUUGGUGCUGUCGUUGCUUUUGCCGUUGGGCUGUGA